AUGUCAUCGCCAUCACGUUCUGAUUCUGAAAUUGAUGAUACAGGAUUUUGUUUUAAAGGUAAUAGUUGAAUAGCGUUUCUUAAAAUGCUGGUUUAAUUUUGCUUAUUUAUUUGUUUUUGAACAUGCAUGGACUGAAUCUUGUUGAUAAACAAAAGGACUUUUAGCGGCAUUCACUCUAAAAUUUAGAAAUGUGUACCGCCGCAAAGGGCUUUCACUGUCACCAACACGUUCUUCAAGGCAGUGAAAUUCGGAAAAAGCCAGCGAAAAUUCCGAGCUCUAGCCUAGAAUCGAACUCAUGACCCUUCAAAGGUAACGAUAACAGUUAAAAAGUAGCUUUCAAUUCACUUACCCUUUAUGGUAAGAUUUGUUUAAUUAUGUUCUUGAUUUUAGCAUUAAUCUGGUUAGCAGCUACUAGUACAGUCGACUCCCGUUUUUGCGGACACCCUCGGGAGAAAGGUUUAGUGUCCGUAAUAGCGAGAGUCCGUAAUAGCGGGGUACGAGAGAGGAAAAUUGUUUUCUCUUUAAAACUUAUGAAGUAAUAUGUUAAAGUCCCAGAAGCAUUGUAGUUUCGACAGUUCUUUAUUUCUUUUAACUAUAGAUCUAAAUACGUAUGCUGUAUUAUCACUUCCAAGCUCCUGCAAUGACAAGGGAUACAUAAGAAAGGGCUUAAAAAACCAAUAGGAAACUCCUUCCGUAACGUGAAUGGCUAAAAUGUUAACUUGCUGUCAAAUAAAAUGUUUUUUAUUGUUCUUGGCAGCUCUUUUAUCGUAGAAAUGCUGCACAGUGUACUCAGAACAGAAACCUGUCUAACGACUUUUGACUUUGACAGCAGAGUGUUAAAAUAACGCAAAAUGUUUGUAAGCUCUAAUGGCAAUGUCUUUUCUCCCUAAAAUGUUUUACAGCAGUCAUUUGUUUACUCUUUUACAAAGAAGCACUCGAUAAAACUUUGUGUUAUUUUUUCCUUUAUUGUAACGUCGCUUUAUUCUGUAUGUUAUGUGAGUCAGGAUUUUUGACGAAGUACUCAAGCGUCCGCUAUAGCGAGAGAAAAAACAAGUGGAAUGUCACGCUUGGGGGGAGGAAAGUGUCCGCAUUUCCGUAAUAGCGAGAGUCCGUAAAGCGGGAGUUUGUUUCAGUCAUUUCUUAAUGCGUUUCGCCGGGGUGCUGGCUCUUGUCCGCAUUAAUGGGGUCUCCGUAAUAACGAGGUGUCCGCAAGGCGAGAGUUGACUGUAGUCGGUAAACACUUAAUCCUAUCGAUAAUAUUACUGUGGGUAAAAAGACCAUCAAGACUAAACUCUUACAUUACAGUGCGGACACUCAAACCGGGACACUUGGAAGAAGAUAAUAAAAGAUUCUCAAGUUUUUUUGCCGACGGACCAAUAAAAUUCAAGUAUUCAACUAUGCAACCGUUGAAACCUUUUUAAAAACCGUUUGAAUUACCUGACGACUCAGGAAACAGCCCUCAAAUUGAUGGAUGACCUGGGAAGUUAUUGGCUCGUAUGCAAAAGAACUUGAGGAUCUUGUUUUCACAAAACGUUGUGAUUGGACAAUGUUCUUCCAAGUGUCCUGGUUUGAAUGUCCACAUUGUAAGUUUGAACAAAGCAUGCAGAUUUGCAGUUAUUUUUACCCAUACGGGGAUUAGUGUGUUGUGAAACUGUAUCUCUAUGAUCUGCAGGUUAUCGGUUGGUUCUUAUAAACAGAGACUGAAGUGGCAAGUAAAAAACACAUUUACUAGGGUCAUGUCUGACACAUGAUUUUAAAAUUUUGUAUUCUUUGCAGCUCCCAAGGAAAUAAAAGCACGAGGAGAAAGAGCGCAGCUUAUUUAUCAACGUGCUCUUAGAGAUGGAGCUGUUAAUGUUCAACGAACUCGGAUAUUGCUUAUUGGUCAGGAUAGGGCGGGGAAAACAAGUUUGAAAAAAUCUCUCAUUGGUCUACCAUUUGAUCCUAAAGAAAAUAGUACUGAAGGAAUUGAAGUGGAUCCGUCAAUCUUUCAAGUGGAUGGUCAUGAAGUUAAGAACUGGCAGCCUAUUGAUAAGAGUGAGCAAGGGUUGUUGGGCUGUUCUGAAGAUGUGGCACAGAGGGUGGUGGAAAAGCUUUGUAUUGUAAGUCGCUAUCCUCGGUUUCGGGAGGAGGAAAAAGGUGCAGAAAAACACGACAGUGACCAGCUUGCAAAUGAAAACUAUAAGAGUGGAACAAUGGUGGAUGAUACUGAUGGUGAAAAGAGAGACGAUUCAUUUUUGAAUCAG